AUGGAGGUCUCUAUCUACUUCUCAUUUCCCCCUCGCAGGCAUCGUAGUUAUCGGAAUUUACACAAAUGGGGAUUCUCUCAUGGUGGAAAGGCAACAAGGAUACUACUUCCUCCGGCACCGGUUCUGGUUCGAAAAUAACCGAGAAACCUGAGUCUAAGGCCAUUGUUUCAUCGGAGAAAGCAGCCGAUGAAGUUCCCGGCAUGAAUGGCGCGGUGGAGGUCUCUCGACCUGGUCCAAACGUGGACGUGACAGUUUUUGAAUUCGGUUCUAUUGCCGCUUCAUCUGAUAAGGUAACUCUUGCCGGCUACUGCCCCGUAUCCGAUGACCUUGAACCCUGCCGUUGGGAGAUUCUGCCAGCCAGCGGCUCCGAUGCGCCUCAAUUUCGCGUGGUGUUCUAAUAGAUACAGGGAGAUCGUUCGAUAUGAUGGUAAAAUCUUGUAAGUUUCGUGUUUGACUUGAGAAUACUUUUUGGUAUUGUGUAAUUCAUUGCACUUGGUAAAACCCUUGAAAAAACCCUAAUUUUGUUAGUCAUUUGCGGCUUAAUUACGUUAUCAUCAACACGAUGUUCGCUCAGAAA